AUAGUAAGCUUACAGGGGGACAUUCUUCUCCAUAACAGUAGCCUACGUUUUUUGAUAAUUUAAGUACAUUAUAAUACUUCUGUACUUUUAUGGUAUUUAAGUACAUUUUUAAUGCAGGUCAUUAAAAAAAUGCUAUGCAUUUUCUAGUAUUGAAAUUCAUUGAUUAGGGAGACCUUUGGCAAUUAUAAAUAAAAUAAAAAUAAAAUUGAUAUCACAGCACUCUACAAUAUCUCAGUGGGAUAUUUGUUUACUUCAAAUACCCAUCAGAGAGAUUAAGCGAUAUUUUGCACAGUGGUUUCAUGCGUAUUUGGAGAGCUGCAGCGAAUGUGAUGCGCUCCGGGGGGAGGCGUCUCUGUCCGCCUCACGGCUGCUUAUGUCACCGCUGGAAGUGAAACCUCCCACCGCAGCUCCAUAAAUACUCGCAGGCUCAGCUCUUCUGUACUCACUCACUCACUCGGUCAGUCAGUCAGGAGCCGCUCCGGCAAAACAGUACGCAUCUAACUACUCAUCCUCACCGAGUUGGAGGGCCACACAGAGAAACACAAGACGUCCAACGGAGAAACAAAGAGCCAAGAUGUCUACCUACGUGUCCUCUGAAUGCCGCCGCGUCAGCCCCUCUGUUCACGGCAACAAGUUUGACACGGCGCACCGUAAGAAGGCCGUGGCCAAUAUUUUCGAGAACGUCAACCAGGACUCUCUGAUGAGACUCUUCCAGAAAACGGGCGACAUGAAGGCGGAGGAGAGAGUGAGGAGCAUCUUCUCCUACACCCAGGACCCGGAGGAGACGGCCCGGGCUCUGAUGGCUCUGAAGCAGCGAAAGAAGGACAAGUUCCUCCAGAUCGCGGGCAUGGUCCGGCAGCUGCUCAAAAUGCGUUGACUGUGUUUGCGUUGACCAGUCGUUUACCGCCUGUGUCCCUCUGUCGGCUCAUGUCUGAGCCGAAUGUGAAAACAAUCCCAUCAUGACUGGGUUACCGCCGCAGGUGCGGCUCGCCUGUCGCCCGGAACGGAGCGUCAGGUGCGGAGGAGAAUGUGCAGCCGGCCGCAUGGAGGGCAACAUGCAGCAGCUGUCGCCUCAUGGACGGAGGUGACAGCAGAGAGAUCCGCCUGGAGCGGAUGGAGCAAGAUGAACUGACUGGGAAUAUGAAGGGCAAACACGUCUUACUUGAGACUUGAAUUCAUUAUUGCAUUCCUGUGGAUGCCUGACUGUGAAGCAGCACCUUGUACUGGCGCACAUCACUGUGUUGAUGGUGGUGUACAGCUGCAAUAUGAGACUUUAUAGUGCAGAAAAACCUGCCUACAUGAACGCCUGUCCUGACAUGCCUUUUCUCUCAGCUUCAUUAGUGGCCACUAAUGUGUUAUUGUCACAAAAUGUUAUGGCACAGUGAUUUGCAUUUAUGAUGUGUUCCUUUGUUUGUCAUUUUUAAUAAAUUAUUUCAUUGGAUACAAAAGCUGAA